CUAAAUAAACCCUGGAGGAGACAGCAGCCAGUCUGACCGCGAGGAAGCUGGGCGCGAUGCUGAAGACGGAGCAGCCCUGGAUCUAACGCGCGGCGCCUCGGAGAGCCUUGCAGCAAUUGUUGCCCGGAUCCCAGACUGAACUUUGCUUUUUUUUUUUUUUUUUCCUUUUUACCUAGUUUUUAAUUUUUUUUCUUUCGUUUUUUUUUUUUUUAAUUUUUUUGUUUUUCCCUCCUGUUAUCGUUAAUUACCAUUAUCAACCCGCUUCCGCCGCGCCCUCCCCGCCAAUGCCCGUGUGAGCGCCGGCACCUCGCGGGGGCCAUGGAGGGCUCCACCGGCUUUGGGAUCGACUCCAUCCUCUCCCACCGAGCCGGCAGCCCGGCCGUGCCCAAGGGGGACCCGCUGGUGGGGGACGGCCGGUCCCCGCUGGAGCUGAGCCCCCGCUCGGAGGGCAGCAGCGGGUGCCCCUCGCCCCGCUCGCCGGGCCGCGAGUGCCUGGAGGCGGCGGCGCCGCGGCCGGGCCUGGAUGCGCAUCUCCAGCCGGGGCAGGUCUCGGCUCCCUCGCAGUCCCGGACCGUCACCUCCUCCUUCCUCAUCAGAGACAUCCUGGCCGACUGCAAGCCCCUGGCAGCCUGCGCGCCUUACUCCAGCACCAAUGGACCUCACGGCGGGCAGGAGCCGGCGGGCAGGAUCCCCACCAAGCCCGGCGAGGAUUUUAGGGAGAAAAUGGAAAAAAACACCAGCAGCUCCUCCUCGGACUCGGAGUACAAAGUGAAAGAAGAAGGGGACCGAGAGAUCUCCAGUUCCCGGGACAGUCCCCCGGUGCGGCUGAAAAAGCCGCGCAAAGCCCGCACCGCCUUCACCGACCAUCAGCUGGCCCAGCUGGAGCGCAGCUUCGAGAGGCAAAAAUACCUGAGCGUGCAGGACAGGAUGGAGCUGGCGGCCUCCCUCAACCUCACCGACACGCAGGUGAAAACGUGGUACCAGAACAGAAGGACCAAGUGGAAGAGGCAGACAGCGGUGGGCCUGGAGCUGCUGGCUGAGGCUGGCAACUACUCAGCCCUCCAGAGGAUGUUCCCCUCGCCCUACUUCUACCCGCAGAGUUUGGUCUCCAACCUGGACCCCGGCGCCGCCCUCUACCUGUACCGCGGACCCAGCGCGCCGCCCCCCGCCCUACAGAGACCCUUGGUGCCCCGCAUCCUCAUCCACGGACUGCAGGGCGGCAGCGAGCCCCCGCCGCCCCUGCCCCCGCUGCCCGGCGUGCUGCCCCGGGCUGCGCAGCCCCGGUGA